UGCCUGUGCUGAAUGCAUUAGUCUAAUGAGAUGUUUGCAGCCGGAGAGCAGGGCUGCUGGAGACGAACUGUGAGCUACUAACACACGGGUGGAAGAUUAGCUUUUGUAAUACUCGGUUUGCAUGUACCGAAAGUCAUCUGUCUUCUGAGUCAACACUCCCGGCCUGGUAAAGAACCUGAUCAGGGCUCUGGUGAACAAGCCGUAGCACCUCUUCUGCCUGUGAGUGAUUUGUCACUUCCUUCUGUAAGACUGGCACCAGCAGACAUGCAGUCUCAGAGGAUCCCGGGGAGAAAGCGAGGCCGACCCCCACUGCACUCGACACCUAUGAAGAUGGCAGUGCAUAACCUUUAUUCUGCUUCAGCUGGUUCUUUGCCAGCAGUGAAGAUCCCAAAGAAAAGAGGGCGGAAGCCUGGGUACAAGCUCAAGUCUCGGGUUCUUAUGACUCCUUUAGCCCUCUCACCUCCGCGGAGCACACCGGAGCCAGAUCUCAGCUCCAUCCCUCAGGAUGCAGCCACCAUACCCAGCUUGGCCGCCCCACAGGCUCUCACAGUCUGCCUCUACAUCAACAAGCAAGCCAAUGCAGGGCCGUACCUGGAGAGGAGGAAGGUGCAGCAGCUUCCCGAGCACUUCGGGCCCGAGAGGCCGUCGGCAGUCUUGCAGCAGGCUGUGCAAGCGUGCAUCGACUGUGCCCACCAGCAGAAGCUGGUCUUCUCCCUGGUCAAACAAGGCUAUGGUGCCGAGAUGGUAUCAGUGUCCGCAUCCUUCGAUGGGAAACAGCACCUGCGGAGCCUGCCUGUGGUGAACAGCAUCGGGUACGUCCUCCGUUUCCUCGCCAAGCUGUGCCGAAGCCUCCUGUGUGAUGACCUCUUCAGCCACCAGCCCUUCCCCAGGGGCUCUAGCGGCUCUGAGGAAGCCCAGGAGAAGAAGGAAGGCAGGAUGGAGUCAGCAAAAACGGUCACCACUGAGGAGUGCCUGGCGAACCCUGUGGGCAUGAACCGCUACAGCAUGGACCCCUCCGCCUCCGCCUUUAGCCACAGGGGCUCCUUGCCCACCUCUUCCUCGCUCUACUGCAAGAGACAGAACUCUGGAGAUGGCCACCUUGGGGGAGUCCUGGCCACCACUGCCAGUGGUCCCCGCUCCAGCCCCAUGUCCUCUGGAGGCCCCUUGGCACCUGGGCUGAGGCCCCCAGGCUCCAGCCCCAAGAGAAACGGGACCCCUCUUGAAGGAAACAGAUGUGCCUCAAGCCCUUCCCCAGACAGGCAGGAUGCCAGGCGGCCCCGGAGCAGGAACCCGUCCACCUGGACUGUGGAGGAUGUGGUCUGGUUCGUGAAAGAUGCUGACCCGCAGGCUCUGGGGCCUCACGUUGAGCUCUUCAGAAAGCAUGAGAUUGAUGGCAAUGCUCUCUUGUUGCUGAAGAGCGAUAUGAUCAUGAAAUACUUGGGUCUGAAGCUGGGGCCCGCGCUGAAACUGUGCUACCAUAUUGAUAAACUGAAGCAAGCCAAAUUCUGAAGGUUUUUAAAAGAUUGAAGCAACGUUCAGACAACAGAUCUCAAGAUCAUCUUCUGCCUUACCAACAUCCAGCCACCAUCACAAAAUGGAUUCUCAUCUUAAAAUUAACAGCCACAAAGACUUGGUCUUUUUAUAAAACUUGUGCAUCUCUGCCUUUUAAAAAAAAAUUCAACAUGGCCGUUUUGAAAGGCUCCUCUGUGUUCAUGAUUAGCCAAAAAUUAUUGAAAAGCCUAUUAUUUUAGCAUUCCUGAUAGGCUGGUUGCUCUUAGAGUGGGUCUUAUUUUUAUGAUGAGAGAGCAGGGAACUGAAUGCUAUUGCCCAGGAAGAACCCUGGAGCGUUCUCACAAAAAUGUGCGAAGAAAGACCUCUGCCUCCACCACAGCACCACCUGUGUGUAACUUGCCCUGGGGAUCUAUCAUUGUGAGCCUUGCUUAAUUCAGCUCUGGAAGCUGUCUUAUGAGGAAAAAAUGCCUCACCUUGCACUAUCCGGAAAACUUGAAUUCUUUUGCUCUCUGAAAGAGAAGGGGAAAAAAUUCUUUUCUAUUCCUAAUUAUUUGAAAUACUGUGUUGUCCCACUAGAGGGCAGACUGCUAAUGAAGUUUCAGGACCCUCACUGCAGUUAGCCUGCUGAUCCGGUACUCCGUGGAUGGGUUAGGGUCUCUGUGAACAAGAUCUAUCCUACACAGACAUGGGGACUUUCUUCCACAGCACCACAGAUUGCAACUUGGGAAGAAACCGUCUCUUAGAGCAUUCUAGUUCAUACCCAGUCAUUAUUGAUGGACUGAGAUGCACAAGCAGCAAAGGCAAAAAUCUGAAAAUAUGUUCUUCCCAGAUGGGGCUUUGGAGUUCCUUCCUUUUCAGAGUCCUUACUGAGGUGUUGAUGUGUUGGCACGCCGAAGAGUCUUAGUGACAUUUAGCCAUGGGUGUUUCUUUAAAAAAGAAGAAGAAAAAUGUCUCAGAUAA